AUGAGGAAUCUUGUCGACGCAUCAGCCAAUGGUCAUUUUUUGGAUUGUACUUAUAAUGAUGCUAUUGGAAUUCUUUAUAGAAUUGCUCAAAAUGAUUAUCAAUAUCCUAUCUCUAGAGAUGCACAAGCAAAAGCUACUCUAAGAGUUAUUGAAUUGGGCGCAAUAUCUGCACUUAGCACACUACCGAGUGACACGAAAAAUCCCAGUCCAAGGAGGAAAGAACAUUGCAAGGCUAUCACUCUCAAGAGUGGUAAACAAACUAGCGAGCCGACUACUGAUUCUACUGUAGCACCUCAAGAUACUAGUGAAGUGAUCCCUAGUGAGAAGGUUGAAUUUGAAGAGUUUUUCAAUGUCAAUGUUCCUUUAGUAGACGUUCUUGUUCAAAGUUUGAAUUAUGGGAAAUUUAUGAAGGAGCUAUUGUCCAAGAAGAAGAAGCUCAGUGAUAUGGAAACUAUUGCACUCACAGAAGUGAUAUCUAAUGAUGAAUUCAUAGAUAAUUGUGACAGCAUGGUUAAAACUAAUAAUAUUGAACUCAGGCAUGGAUGGCAGAUUGAAUCCUUAGACUUAGCCAAUAGAACAGCUCCAAUUUUUCAACCAUCUAUCGACGAAGCUCCUACUCUAGAAUUGAAACCACUACCUACUCAUCUUAAACAUGUCUUUCUUGGUGAUAACAAUACUCUCCCAGUUAUUGUCUCCGUAACACUGGAUGUAACUAAAGAAGAGAAAUUGGUCAAUAUUCUUAAACAACAUAGACGAGCUAUUACUUGGAGUAUUGCUGAUAUUGAAGCAUUAGUCCAUCUUUUUGCAUGCACAAGAUCAACUUGGAAGAUGAAGCGAGUCUGUAUAGAUUAUCGCAAACUUAAUACUGCUACAAGGAAGGACCACUUCCCAUUUCCUUUCAUUGACCAAAUGUUGGAUAGGCUUGUUGGAAGAGCUUAUUACUACUUCUUAAACAGCUAUUCUUGGUACAAUCAAAUUGCUAUUGCACCAGAGGAUCAAGAGAAAACAACUUUUACCUGUCCCUUUGGUACUUUUGCCUUUCACCAUAUGCCUUUCAGUCUUUGCAAUGCACCAGCCACAUUUCAAAUGUACAUGAUGGCAAUAUUCUCGAAUAUGAUUGAAGAUUCUUUAGAGGUUUUUAAGGAUGAUUUCUCAGUCUAUGGGAAUGAUUUUGAUCAUUGCGCUAACAAUUUGGAUAAGGUAUUACAGCGAUGUGAAGACACACAUCUUGUUCUAAAUUGGGAAGAAUGUCAUUUCAUGGCAACUGAAGGCAUUAUGUUAGGCCAUCGCAUCUCUGGUCAAGGCAUUGAGGUAGACAAAGCUAAAGUGGAAAUUAUUGAGAAAUUACCUCCACCAACAAAUGUGAAAGAGGCUCAAAUUAAUUAUACCACUACAGAGAAAGAAUUGUUGGUUGUAGUCUUUGCUUUCGACAAGUUUCGUUCUUAUCUUGUUGGCACAAUGAUUAUCGGAUUUACUGAUCACUCAGCGUUGAGAUAUCUUUUUGUGAAGAAGGAUGCAAAACCAAGGCUGAUACACUGGAUCUUACUAGUGCAAGAAUUCGACAUCGAGAUAAAAGACCACAAGGGUUCAGAGAAUCAAUUUGUAGACCAUCUGUCUCGAUUGGAUGUUGGUAGCGAAGAUGGAAACAUACUUCAAAUUGUCGAUGCAUUCCCAGAUGAGAAGUUAUUUUAUGUAGAUACAACCCCUUGGUAUGUGGAUUUGGUUAAUCAUCUAGUAUGUGGAAAACUCCCAUUAGGUGUCAUAGGUCGUACAAAAGAAAGAUUUCUUCGUGAAGUAGUGAAGUAUCAUUGGAAUGAGUCGUAUUUAUUCAACGUAUGCAAUGACAACAUUAUUCGAUGUUGUGUUUUGGAAGACGAGAUGCUUUCAAUCCUAAAGCACUCCCAUGAUGCUCCUUAUCGAAGUCAUUUUGGUGGCAUGUAUCAGCGCACUGGUUCUACAUCUCAAUAUAAUGAAAUGUUGCAGCAACCAAUUAUAAAGGUUGAAUUGUUCGAUGUUUCGGGAAUGGAUUUUAUGGGACCAUUUUCAAGUUCAUUUGGAAAUCUUUAUAUAUUAGUAGCUAUUGACUACAUCUUGAAGUGGGUUGAAGCUGUUGUAGUCCCAAAGGAUGAUGGAAAGACAGUGCUUAAAUUUUUUUCACAAGCAUAUACUCACCCGCUUUGGCACACCAAAGGCAUUGAUUAG